GUAUAUCAUGUAUCAAAAACUCAUUAAACACGUAAAGAUCAGAUAAAAAUACGAUUAAAAUGGGGUACUGAAUGACUCUUGGAGAUAAAAUUAAUUUGAAAAGUUUUCUGAAGUGCUUUCCGAAAUUUUAGGCGUAUGUGACCGUCAUAUAGUUCUUUUGUUUAAAGAAAAAAGUUUGAUUUUAUAAAAGUGAAAAACGUUGCUCCUAGUUGUCAAAGGAAAUACAGAAAAAUAGAUUGUUUCUCGGCGGUUUCUUCAAUAUCUGCAGUUGCUUACGUGUAGUAUUUAAGAAUUCGUCUGUAAAUGUGUUUUAUCCCAAUCAAAUUGGAAAACUGAUCUUCAAUUAAGAUUGACAAGUUGAGUUGAAAAUGUGGCUAGUGUUAGAAAUAUUAAUUGUUUGCUGUUUAUGCAGUGUUAUGACUGAUGAACAUACUCACAUUUAUGAUGAUAAUGAGGAGGUAGUAUUGUGGAUGAAUACGGUGGGUCCAUAUCAUAACAGACAAGAAACUUAUGCCUAUGACUCCUUGCCAUUUUGUUUCGGCUCUAAAGAAAGAAUUUCUCAUUAUCAUGAGACUCUGAGUGAAGCUUUACAAGGGGUGGAACUUCAAUUUAGUGGGCUUGAUAUUGAAUUUAAAGUUGAUGUCCCAAAAUCUGAGUACUGUGGUGUUCAGUUGAAUGAGGAACAUUACAAGACAUUUGUAUAUGCAAUUAAAAAUCACUACUGGUAUCAGAUGUACAUUGAUGACCUGCCAAUUUGGGGUAUAGUAGGAGAAGUGACAGACUCCAAGUAUUAUAUUUGGACUCAUAAAAAGUUUGAAAUUGGUUAUAAUGGAAAGCAAAUAGUGGAUGUUAAUAUAACUUCAGAAAACAAAGUUCCCUUGACACCGACCACCAAACUUUCGUUUACAUAUGAAGUUAUUUGGAAGAAGUCUAAUGUUAAAUUUGAAGAUCGUUUUGACAAGUAUCUGGAUCCAAACUUCUUCCAGCAUAGGAUCCAUUGGUUCAGUAUUUUUAAUAGUUUCAUGAUGGUAAUAUUUUUGGUUGGCUUGGUUUCAAUGAUCCUAAUGAGAACCUUGAGAAAAGAUUAUGCAAGAUACAGUAAAGAUGAAGACAUAGAUGACAUGGAAAGGGAUCUUGGUGAUGAAUAUGGUUGGAAGCAGGUACAUGGGGACGUGUUUCGACCGGCAUCCCACCCUUUGCUAUUUUCUGCCCUUAUUGGUGCUGGUCAUCAAAUCACAACCGUUGUUUUCUGUGUAAUAGUGUUUGCUAUACUUGGAGAAUUAUAUACAGAGAGAGGUUCUUUGCUGUCUACAUCAAUAUUUGUAUAUGCUGCCACAUCGCCUAUUAAUGGUUACUUUGGAGGUUCUUUGUAUGCUCGAAUGGGGGGCAAACUGUGGAUAAGGCAGAUGUUGGCCUCAGCUUUUAUGAUGCCCGCCUUGGUUUGCGGCACAGCAUUUUGUAUCAAUUUUAUUGCCAUCUAUUAUCACGCCUCGAGAGCCAUUCCCUUCAGCAUUAUGGUAGCUGUAACAUGCAUAUGUCUGUUUGUAAUAUUGCCUUUGACUUUGGUUGGAACCGUUUUGGGACGUAAUCUGGCUGGACAGCCGGAUUAUCCGUGUCGUAUAAAUGCGGUACCCCGUCCGAUACCUGAAAAGAAAUGGUUUAUGGAACCUGGGGUCAUCAUACUUCUUGGUGGGAUAUUACCAUUCGCGAGCAUCUUCAUAGAAAUGUACUUUAUUUUCACGUCGUUUUGGGCGUACAAAAUUUACUACGUCUAUGGUUUCAUGUUGCUAGUGUUUUUGAUAUUGGUUGUGGUCACUGUGUGCGUGACCAUUGUGUGCACCUACUUCUUGCUGAAUGCCGAGGACUAUCGCUGGCAAUGGACGUCGUUUUUAGCUGCUGGGUCGACCUCAGGUUACGUCUACCUGUACUCCAUCUAUUAUUUCUUCUUCAAAACAAAGAUGUACGGUUUAUUCCAGACGGCAUUCUAUUUUGGUUAUAUGGCUCUAUUUAGUGCCGCUUUGGGAAUAAUGUGCGGUACAGUUGGUUAUUUUGGCACUAGUAUUUUUGUUAGAAAAAUAUAUUCGACUGUGAAAAUAGACUAAACGAUAUAAUAAUAACAAUAAUAAAAUAAAUAGCAAAAACAAUACGACAACGAUGGGCGGCACUUUUUGCUGUGGGUGUAUAUAAUAUAAUAAUGAUACUUAGACUGCUAAGGGGACGUGCAAUUUGUUUAUUGCACGUCUUGCAACUUUUGUUCUUUAUUUUAUUUUGUACUUUUGUUUGUUUUCCAUAGUUCCCCGCAUACUUAAUAUCGUUUAAAGAAAGUAUAACAUAUAAAAUUACAUGAUUAUGGUCACUUUUAGAGGAUGCAGGAGGUGUUUUUGGGUGUACUCAACGUCCUUUAUUAUUUAUUCGUUUUUAAUAAAUACAUAAAGUCUCA